AUGUCCUCUGAUCUGUUCGCCGCUUUUGGAGACCCGGUAUCAGAACCCGUACAGAAACGGUCACAAGACACACCGGAAGAGGAUCCAUGGCAGUUCGAUGGAGGAGAAGCACAAUCAUGGCAGGCUGGCACUGCAAGCAAUGCAGGAAAGACGGCAAAUGUUGAAGAUGGAGAGCACAUUGCCGAAGACGACGACGAUGAUUUCGGAGACUUCGAAGAUGCCUCUGCUCCUACAGCACCAGCAGCAACGAAACAUGCGCCCUCGACGGAGUCGAAUCCUUGGUCUUUCGACUCUCAAUCUAUCUCAAUAUAUCAGCCGACCACCAGAUCGGAGCCUCCCCAAAAGCCAACACCUCCGAAGAAGUCAUCUCUUCCAUUCUCUCCCAAACCGCAAGUCCAGGAGAAGCCCUCAAAGAUUGGCAAACACCCAUUCGCCGACCACAUGGACUUCCUCUUCUCCGGCGGAGACGACGAAUACGACGCCGGCGAGGACGAGCUGAAUGACCUAGCCACCAAUCCCGAGGCCGCCAUGGCAUAUUCGAAACGCAUCAUUGCCGAACAGGAGGCCAGAUCGAAUGGCGUGCCCAGCCCUACAACAUACAGCAAACCGACGAAGCCUUUGCCAUUCAAGCCGAAGAACGAAGCUGUUCCAGCGAAGAAGUCAAUACCGCAACCUCAACCUCCACGGCCGCCUAAUAAGCUCCGCAAGAAGUCGGGGUAUGCGCCUGCGAAGGAUCCGAAUGUUCUUUUUGAUGCUGAGGAUGUUUCGUCGCAAGAUGAGGAUGAUGAGGAUGAGUUUGGAGAGUUUGAAGCGGGAACUGCAGACGUCCCACAGCCUGCCGCUGCUCCUUCGACCAAGCCUUUGGCAUCAAAAGCUCAAGUACCUGGCAUUGAUCUCCUCGGUCUAGACGAUUCAUUUGCAAAUGACACCACAAUGGACGGCAUGGCAAGUCCCGGUCAACAACGAGCUGCACCCGUCUUUGGGCGGGCACUCGACUCCCGGGCGUCUAAGCCCGUCGACUCUACAGCACCCACAUCUGCUCCAGCGGAAGAUACAUGGGAAGACUUCGAAACCGCCGAACCAACCUACCCACCCCCAACCACCAAUCCCACACCAAACCCAACCGCAUCCUCACCUCCACCUCACCCAUCCCAACCUCCUUCAAAACCCCUCCCCAAAACCCCUCCAACCACAAUCCCCCCACCCUCAACCCUCCUCUCCCUCCUCCCCUCCCUCCUCAGCACCCUGCAAACCACCCUCCUAACCCCCCUCUCCCACCUCACCUCCAAUCCCAUCUCACGCUCCGCCCUCCUCUCCCACCCCUCCACCCUCAUCUUCCUCCACACCCACCUCUCCCACCUCCUCGCCCUAGCCCACAUCCUCGCCGGCCGCAAAUUACGAUGGAAGCGAGACAGUAUCUUAUCACAAUCCCAUCGCCUCGGCGCCGCAGGAGGCAAAGGAAUGAAACUCGCCGGCGUCGACAAAUCCAUCCUCAUCCGCGAAGAUCGCGAGGCACUCGACGCCGUACAAACCUACCGCCCCAUCGCAUCCAAACUUCGAGCCGCGGUCGCAUCCAUCGUCAAAGAUACCCCCUCUGCGACUGGGCUAGUGAUACCGGAAAUGUCGGAAACAAUGCCAGUGAAGAGUCUAAGUGUGCAGGACGGCGGCUUGACAGGAGUGAGGGCAUGUGCAUUGUGUGGACUCAAGAGAGAGGAGAGGGUGGCGAAGUGUCAUGAUUCUGGGGUGGAGGAUAGUUUUGGGGAGUGGUGGGUUGAAGGGGCGGAGAUGCAUGUUUGUUGUGCGAGGUUUUGGGUGGAGGUUGCGGAGGGGGGGUUGAGGGGACGGUGA